AUGGCCAAUCCGGAUAUCAAGGGUCUAUUCCCAACGGUGACGGUAUUCAUCGCAUUUAUACUCACCUUCCUGUGUCUCUUCGCAGGGACACAAAGGAGCUUCCUCAAUGGCGCCGAUAUCCUAACGCUAUACACCCCGGAAGGCAGCACCGACAGUGCAGCGCGCGAUUUCUAUUCCAUCCACGUCAUGUCCUACUGCCAGGGAACACUGGGGACAACCGACCCUAGCGCGGGAGUCACGCGCAACGUGACCGAGUGCUCGCACCGCACAAUACUCUUCUCGUUCGACCCGACGCAAGACUGGCCGAAGGUCACCCACGGCCCGGCGCUGGAGUGGCCGCGCGUGAUCAGCGACGACUUCCAUGCGUUUAGAACAACCACCCGGUCCAUGGCCGUGUUAUACUGCAUCGGCGUUGGCGCGAUGGGCGCGGCCCUCCUCGUAAGAUUAUGGACGACAGCUACUCCCCGGGCCGGACAGGGCUUGCUAGAAUUUGGAUUCAUGGUGGUCAGCACGGCGUUUCCCCGGAAUACGACAGUGGCUGACGUGAACCAUUUUCAGCUCGGAUCUUUCAGUAUCAACAUCGCUUCUAUUAUUGCGACGGUCAUCGCCUUUGAGUUCGUUGCGUUGAUUAAUGCCCAUGGCGAGGGUUCAAACGUGUCAGCAAAGUAUGGCGAGAAAUUCCUCGGGAUGACUUGGGCCGCGGCGGGGCUGUUACUUGCAGGUAGUGUUGCUUGCUUUGCGAAUGUGUUUGUUCGGCAGGCUGCACCUGCACCUGCACCCGUCGAAAAGGACAUAGAGGGGUAA